AUGUUAUCUGAAGUAAUAUCAUCAAUCAAGCCGUUGCUUUACAUCUCCAAUCUCACUGGAAUUUUGGUCUUUAAAAUUGACACAAGAACUGCAACAGUAAUAACAACAAAAUGGAACAGAUUGAUAAUUGGAAUCACAAUAUUAAUAGAAAUUAUUGGAACCUGCUACUAUCCAUAUUCAGAACUAAUGGAUGAAAUGUUUUUUACAAAAACUUCGAAACUCAGCUCAGUUGUAUUAGUUUAUUUAGAUCACAUAAUGUGCGUGACUUCAAUCUUCUGGAUCUUUAUGAAGCGAGAAAAGUUCUUGAAAAUUCUAGUCAACUUGAGUGAAAUUGAUGAACAACUUGAGAAAUCAGGAUUGAAAAUGGACUACAAAGGACGUCAAAGGAAGCUUAAUAUCGUCUUUAGCUUGCUGUUCUGCAUCGUUUUUAGUAUUCUAGUGUUCAGCACUUCCCAUCAUCUAUGGCAAGGAAUGAAUUUAAGUAUUUUGACUUUAAUUUAUAACCUUAUAGUCUUCAUCAACGCAACAGCUUUAACAUUGCACUUCAUCAUUAUCAUGCACAAUAUUGGAACUAGAUUUGAAAUGUUGAGUAACUGCAUCAAAAAUUCAGCCCAAGAACUGCCAAAAAUCCAUCUAAAAAUCUCAGAAUGUGUGAAAAUAUUUAACUCAAUUUAUGGACCUCCAUUGAUGAUAACGUUUGGUAAUUUAUUCAUCUGGAGCUGCAUAUCAUUAUCACUAAUUGUCUUAGUUCCAAAAUCUAAAAUUGAACUGAUUACCGAGUUCUGUAUCAGCCUUGCGCUCACUGUCAUAACACUUUUCGUGAUAACAAGAGUAGCUGAAAAGAUGUCAAAUGCAAAACAUCAAGCAAUUCAGUCACUCUACCAGAAAAUGCUUGAAGAAUCAGAAAAUUCUGAGAAAAUUUUUCAAUUUAUUAUGCAAAUUCGACACACAAAUGCUGCAUUUUCAUGCAUAUUCUUUGAGUUUAACUGGCGAUUGAUAUUUAAAUUUAUCACAGCUUGUGUCAUGUACUUGAUAAUUAUUAUACAGUUUGAGGAGUCGAUGAAAAAAAACUAA